UAACAUCGAAUUUACUCUGUACAUAAAAUAUAUGUAUGAUAUUUGAUCCGUGGCCGUCUGACCCACAUAUUUCUUUCUCGUUUAUCAAGUACGACCUGAGUUUAUCGCUUAUCCGUUUCCUUCUAUAGGUGGAUAUAUAAAGGGGUCGCACUUUAAUUCGCAUUUUUUAAACGUGCUAUUUGGUCCAUGCAUUUCGUCGAGAACACAGUUGUAGAGCUUCUUUUUGGCAUGUGAAUGCAAAGUUGCAUUGCGCUGAUAACAUGGUGCUAUUACAGAUACUUGGACGUUCGUUCACACUGAUUAUCCUCGUAAGCCUAAUAAUCCCAGAGUAUGGAUAUUCGGAGAGUGCACAGGAAAUGAACGAGGAGGAAGAUAUAUUGAACAAUGCACCAGAUACACCAAUCGAAUCUAUCUAUGUUAAGAGUACAAAGGGUGGGAAACGCAUAUACGCGGGAGGUUGUACCCGUAGACCAGACGCACCAGUAAUGGGCAGAAUUAAAUGUUCUUUUAACAGUGGCUGUGUAGCAAGUUGUGCUCCAGAUUACAAGUUUCCGAAUGGCAUGCUUCAUUUAGCAGUCACCUGCGUGGAUAAACAAUGGCAUAUUGAAGGGACCGAAUGGAGCUCAAUACCACGUUGCGAACCAAUUUGCAUACCCGAGUGCCAGAAUAACGGAAUAUGCAUUGAACCUCAUCGUUGCGACUGCCCCGAACCUUUUUCUGGUCCGCAGUGCCAAUUUGAGAGGCCGUGUCUUAAUCAUCCGCCGCCAGUACUAAAUUCAUACCAAAAAUGCAAUUCGAAGAGAUGCAUCAUAACAUGCUUCAAACAUUUUGCUUUCCCCGAUGGCUCAACCAUCACUAACGUGGUCUGCAAAAACGGAAAUUGGCAGCCGACGAGAAGCGAAUGGGUAGCAGUUCCGAAUUGCGAACCUGUAUGCGAUCCUCCUUGUCAAAACGGUGGCAAUUGCCUGCCAAUGAAUCUAUGCCAAUGUCCACAAGAUUAUCGAGGGCCUCAGUGUCAAUACCUCGCAAACGCCUGUGACGCCGAGAAGCUACGCUUCAACGGUGGAUAUCAUUGCACCAGUGUCGGCGAUACGUAUUCCUGCACAUUAAAAUGCCCGGUGGGGGUGGAAUUUGAAUUUCCACCUGCCGAGAGUUACGUUUGCACGUACGACAGAGGUACCUUCGAACCGCAGCCGAUACCGCAGUGCAAAGUCGAUGACAACAUCAAGAUCAUUCCGUCUGGUACCUCCUACAAGACUCACGUCACGUCACGUCACGAAUCAAGUCAGUUCUGGUCAACGCACGAUACAAAGACGAAAUAUUCUCAUGAGAUUUAUGGCGGAUACUAUAACGUUCACGGCAGCAACGCAUCCUCGCAUUCGGUCUUGGAGGUAAGCCGGCCGAAGCCGAAGACAUGCUUCGUCUGGGGCAACACGCACUACAAGACCUUCGAUGACAGAGUCUACAGCUUCGACAGCGACUGCGCGCACACGUUACUCCGAGAAACGCAGGACAGCGUCUGCACGAUCGUGGCAUUAAACAGUCCGGGCUGCAGGACCGGAUUGAGUCGCUGUUUCAAGAUCGUGAAGUUAUACGUGCAGGACAAGGAGUACACGCUUACCAUCAAUGAAAUGACGGAUAUGCCGAUGUUUUCCAGCCGCAAACGAUUGUUGCCGAUACCGGUGUACCUGCCUGGACUGCGCGUCGACAAAUCUGCACACUUUAUCCUUGUCUCCCUGGACUCGUUGGGCGUGAAGCUGAAGUGGGACGGCCGGAUGCUACAGAUCGAAGUCUCCGAGAGCAUGUGGAAUAAAACGGCCGGUUUGUGCGGUACGAUGAACGACGAUCGGAACGAUGAAUUUUUAAUGAAGAGCGGAAAUCACGCUAGAAGCAUAUUGGCCAUGGCAAACUCCUGGCGCGUCGAUGAUCUCAAAGGUAAUACUGAUCACGAAAAAUACCGGUACGACCGUCAUUGUAACGAUUACGAUGUGUUUGAUUUUUUAGACACGUGCGACGAUCAUCCGAAUACGCAACACGCGUGCGAGUCGAGAGACGAGUUCGCCCAAGAUGCCUUUAAAUUCUGCACCAAACUGCUUUCCAGUUAUAAAUUCAAGACAUGUGCCCAAACGAUCAAUCUCGACGAGGUGAUCACAGCAUGCUUAUGGGAUUAUUGCGCGUGUGAAUACGAUGAUAAAAGAAAAUGCGCUUGUGACACUGUGGAUGUUUACAUCCGCCAGUGUGCUUAUAAGGGGAUUGCGCAGUCAACCGCAUGGAGAAGCAACGACACUUGUCCAAUUUCUUGCGACAGUGGACGCGUAUAUAUGACGUGCGGUCCAAAAGUAGAAACGUCCUGUACCUCUGGUGUUGAGACGAAGAGCUCUACCGAAUGUGAGGAAGGCUGUUUUUGUCCAGCGGGUACGUUGGAACACCAGGGUAAAUGUGUCUCUCCGGAAGAGUGCCCGUGCAAAUUAAGGGGCAAGCUGUUCCAGCCGGGCACGAGCGUGCCGAAGGGCUGUAACACUUGCACAUGCACCUCUGGCAAAUGGGUGUGCACACAAGUACAAUGCGCUGCUAGAUGCGCCGUUGUGGGCGAUCCGCAUUAUACCACGUUCGACGGUAAACACUACGAUUUCAUGGGAAAGUGCAAGUACUACUUGAUGAAGGGAGAAAAUUAUAUGAUUGAAAGUGAAAACGUCCCGUGUUCCGGAGCGAUAUCUGAGAGCAUGGGGUUUGUCGCCGUGGAUCCAUCGUGCACCAAAGCCGUUACGAUUAAUUUCAAGGAUACCUCCAUAAAAUUGAAACAGAAUCAUCAAAUUAUGUUAAACGGCGAUGAGGUAACAAAAUUCCCACUGCUAUUCAACGGUGCUCGAAUACGAAUUGCGAGCAGUAUUUUCGUGGUGGUUCACUUGCCAAAUUCUUUAGAAGUAUGGUGGGAUGGUGUGUCACGCAUUUAUAUUAAUGCUCCGGCUGAAUUUCAUGGCCAAACGAAAGGUCUUUGCGGCACAUUUACUAAGAAUCAAAAAGACGAUUUUGCAACACCCGACGGUGAUAUUGAACAUAUGACGAUCGCCUUUGCUAAUAAAUGGAAGACGAGUGAAUAUUGCGCUGAUGAGUCCAAGAAUGAAACAAAACACCCCUGUGAGCUAAGUCCUCAGAGGCGAGCGACCGCGGAGGAAUAUUGUUCCAAGAUACAUAGUGAUAUCUUCUCAGAUUGCCAUUGGUAUGUCGAUCCAACGGAAUUUCACCGAGACUGCAUGUACGAUAUGUGUGCAUGCGACACCGACAUAAAAUCGUGCCUUUGCCCGAUAUUAGCAGCAUACGCGACAGAUUGUGCAGCACUAGGUGUGAAGCUUCCGUGGCGUGCCGAGAUUGAGGAAUGUAAAGUUCAAUGUAGUGGCGGGCAAAUUUACGAAAUCUGUGGAAACAGUUGCACGAGAUCCUGCGCGGACAUAUCCUUGUAUCGAGACUGCAGACAUGAGUGCGUGGAAGGUUGCAAUUGUCCAGAGGGUCAAACACUAGACGUGAACGGCGAGUGCAUCCCGAUUGCUGAAUGUCCUUGCGUGCACGGGAAUCGUGAAUACACACCUAAUCAUCGAGAAGUUCGUCCGGGCAACAAAGGACAAGAAUUUUGCUCUUGCGUAGGUUGGUAUUCGAAACGCGCGUUCACCGGUUACGUCUCACGUGAUAUUCCGCAAUGCAAAAUUCUAUUCUCCAUUUCAGGCGGCGUGUGGGAAUGCCGAUUGGCAACGCUGGACGAGAUUCGGGAAUAUCCACCGGUCAAGGAGCUACUGUCUGUCUGCCUCGCCAGCAAGCAUUUGGCAGUAACGGAUUGCGAGCCAGUCGAGCAAAGAACUUGCGGCAAUAUGCACGUACGUAACGAACAGACACCAUCGGUGUGUAUAUCCGGCUGUAUCUGCAAAUCUGGAUACGUGUUGGAUAUGCCGAAUGGUGUGUGCAUUAAGGAGAGAGACUGCCCUUGUCAUCAUGGUGGAAGAAGCUACAAGGAGGGUUCGGUUAUACAGCAAGAAUGUAACACGUGCACAUGUAAAGACACCAGGUGGAAGUGCACAGAUAGAAUUUGCACAGGUGUCUGUUCUGUAUGGGGCGAUUCACAUUAUAAAACAUUCGACAGUAAGAUGUUUGAUUUCCAAGGUAUAUGCAACUACGUUCUGGUAAAGGGCACAUUAACCAAGGAGGAGUGUUUCGAUGUUUCGAUCCAAAACGUACCUUGCGGCACGAAUGGAGUCGCGUGUUCAAAAUCAAUCAAACUUACAAUCGGUAGUGGUGAGCAACAGGAAGAACUCGUUUUGACGAAGGGAAAGGAGUUACCGAAGGGUCCCUUUAAAAGAAUGACGAUAAGAACCGCUGGUCUUUUCGUGUUUGUUGACGUGCCGGACUUGGAACUGAUAUUGCAGUGGGAUAAGGGUACUAGAGUUUACGUGAGAUUAAGUCCACAAUGGAAAAGUCGUACAAUGGGUUUAUGUGGCGAUUAUAACGACAACGGUGAGGAUGACUUCAAGACACCGUCUGGCGGAAUAUCCGAGGCCUCCGUCAACCUAUUUGGGGAUUCCUGGAAGAAGGACAUGUUCUGUCCCGAGCCAAAGGAUGUAUUGGAUGCCUGCGAGCAGCAUCCAGAACGUAAAUUGUGGUCGCUGCAGAAGUGCAACGUGCUGAAGUCACCGCUGUUCUCGCUGUGUCACUCGGAAGUGGAAGUCGAGCCGUACUUGCACAACUGUAUCUUCGAUACUUGCAGCUGCGACGCUGGCGGCGAUUGCGAGUGCCUGUGUACGGCGUUAGCCGCGUACGCACAUGAGUGCAACGCGCGAGGCGUCCCCGUGAAAUGGCGUACGCAAGAACUCUGUCCGUUGCAGUGCGACGAGAGAUGCAGCACGUAUUCGCCUUGCGUCUCAACCUGCCCGCACGAGACGUGCGACAAUCUGAUGACCGUGAAACACGGCACACAUCUAUGCGCGGAGGAUACGUGCGUGGAGGGUUGUCAGUUCAAGCCAUGCCCCGAGGGUCAAGUCUACUGGAAUGCUAGUUACACAGAGUGCACACCCAAAUCAACAUGCACGAAGCCGUUCUGCAUCGAGGUCGAGGGAGUGACGUAUUACGAGGGCGAUCGAGUCAGCGGUGACGACUGUCAAACUUGUUUCUGCAGUCGCGGCAAGCUGACUUGUAAGGGAGAACCGUGCACCAGUAUUGCUACCAGCGCUACUACUGCCAGUUCUACUACGGUUAAUACUGCUACCGUACCCUUGGAGGAGGCUCAGAAAUGUGUAAACGGUUGGUCAGCAUGGAUCAACAAGUAUCCAGCAGUGAAAGGUAAAAAGUUCAUGGACGUGGAGCCAUUACCCACUUCAUUGGAUCUUGCCAAUACGGACGGACUCGCGAUUUGCAAUCAGAAAGAAAUGAUCGACAUAAGAUGCAGAUCCGUGCACGAGCACUUGAGUCCGAAGGAGACCGGAUUGGACGUGGAAUGCAGCCUAGAGCGUGGCUUGUAUUGUCAGUCGCAUCCGAAUCUUCCUUGCCUUGACUUUGAAAUCAGUGUAUUGUGCCGUUGUGCCGAGCUGGUCAUUGAAAGUACGACAACGGAAGUCAAUAGAAUCAGUCCGGGAACUCCAAAGGACAAAUGUGAUAUGGCGCGACCGACUUUAUCGCAUCCGACCAACUGCCAACUAUUCUACCAGUGCAUCCCCACACUGACGGGACACGAACUGGUAGAGAAGUCAUGCGGCCCCGGCACCUUGUACAAUCCAGCAAUUCAAGCGUGUGACUGGCCAACAGUAGUUCUGCAGAUACGACCGGAGUGCUCAGUCACGUCCGGACAAACUACGCAAACCGAUACCGAGUGGAGCAGCAGCGAUAAACAUGAGAACACGCUGAUAACGUCGGAGGAGAAAACGGUAUCCACGACGAAGGUGUGCAAGGAUGGCGAGACGUGGAGCGAAUGCGCGAUUCAGUGCACCAAGACAUGUCAAUACUAUCGUUAUAUUCUGAGAACGCAAGGCCACUGCAGCGAUGACAAUAAUUGCAUCGCCGGAUGCGUCUCGAUCGACCGACCAGUGUGUCCCCCGCAUAGAUUCUGGAGAGAUGAUACUACCUGUGUAGAGGCAAACGAUUGUCCUUGUAAGUCUCACGACGGAGGCUCGGUCGCACCUGGAGCUGUCAGGAAGGAAUCCGAUUGCGAGAUCUGCCAGUGCAUUAAUAAUUAUUACACCUGCGAUUCAACUUCCUGUGAGGUCUCAACCCAUGAACCGCUAAUAACCGUCACCACGCACCCGCCGCUCUCUUCGAAAAGCACUCUGAGAACAACAACCACUUCGCAUAUUGAUGAGCAUACAACGAUCCUUUUGCAUAGCACGAUCACUCCACCUGGGAAGUGCGACGAAGCGAACUACGUACCGUUGAUACGAAAUCUGCGGCAGGAACUCAUUGUCCGCGCUAGCAGCAGUAAAGAUCCUAUAUUACGACCUGAGGAUCUACUAGUGCGCACAGCAGGAAGUUCAGUACCCGGAAAAUUCUGGGAAUCCGAGGUAAACGAUGCGAACCAAUGGCUCGAUGUGGAAUUCCUUAUAGCCGAACCGAUAUACGGUAUAAUUUUACAAGGCAGCGUCACUGAAGACAAAUUUGUAACUAGUUACAAGAUACUGUUCUCGGAGAAUGGUCACACAUUCUCAUACGUACUCGAUCAAAAGGGGCAACCACGCAUAUUCAGAGGAUCCGUUGACAAAAUCCAGCCCGUGGAGCAAAGGUUUUACCAACCCAUUGAGGCAAAAAUCGUUCGUAUCAAUCCGCUCACGUGGCACAAUGGAAUCGCGAUGAAAGUGGAGAUACUGGGUUGUCAAGGUCACGUAAUGACAACGACCGAACGAUCGACGUUAGAAACAACGAUCUCCGAAAAAGUCACAAGGCCGGUGUGUGAGGAUUCGAUGGGACUGGACAACGGAUUGAUGGCCAUCAAACAAGUCUCAGUGUCGAGCUCGCCGCAACUGAUUAAAAAUCUCCCAUUAUCCUCAGAAGGUGUGUGGCGUCCCACUUUGGACAAUCCACAUCAGUACGUGCAGUUCGAUUUCUUAGAGGCUCGAAAUUUGACUGGAAUCACGACCAAAGGAGGUGACGGCGCUUGGACAACCGCUUACAAAAUAUAUUACAGCAAUGACGGACGCUAUUGGAAUCCAGUUGUUGAUGAGCACGGCGGUGAAAGAGAAUUUCUCGGCAAUUUCAACGCGGAAAGCGAAAAAACAAGUUUUUUCGAGCGACCGUUGCACGCGAGGUACCUGAGGGUGCAACCCGUCAAGUGGCACGCUUAUAUCGCAUUGAAGAUCGAAAUCCUUGGCUGUUAUCUAGCAUAUCCAACGACAUCAUCAAAAAUAUCUGCACCCGAAUCGACGACAACGCUAUUUGAACGAGAGUGCAACGUAUGCGAUGGAAUCAGCCAGACGUUGAACAACGAAGGUUGCAGAUGUAAAGAUCCUUAUUGGUGGGACGGAGAGUCGUGUGUACCGAAGCAGGAGUGCCCCUGCAUGGUCGGACACAUCCCUUACGCAAUAGGCAGUAUGUACGAGACAGAAGAUUGCCAGGAGUGCAUGUGCACCCUAGGUGGAACAGCCGCGUGUCAACGGAAGCAGUGCGAACCGUGCCAAGAACCAGGAUUGCAAUCGGUCGUCGGCAAAUUAUGCGCUUGCUUGUGCAAACCAUGCCCGCAAGGUACUAAGCUCUGUCCCACGAGCAACGUGUGCGUGAAUGAAACCGCAUGGUGUGAUGGCGUUCAGGACUGCCCGGAUGAUGAGAGAGAUUGCCCAGAGAUCAUUGUUACAACGCCUAUGAUCGUGACAGAGCAUAAAGAAGUGAUGAGUACACUUGAAAGCCAGAAAGUCACGACUCCCAGCACUAAUCAAAUUAAUCCGCCAAUAUGCGAGAAACCAUUUUGUCUGGAUGGUUACAGGAUAGUCUUCACGCAUCUGCCUAGACCCAAUAAGUCGCAUCACAAUAACGAUCAAACAUAUGUGAAAUCUAAAGGUGGCAGAGAUAACACGAAGACGAAAGGACGUGGGAAGUUCCACGCUCACCCGAGUAAAAACCAAAAUUCUCAAUCAAUGGAAGACGUCGAUUGUCCGGAAUAUAUCUGCGAGCCUGAUAAAAAGCUACCUUUACUCGAGGGAAGGGAGUCCUGGGAAGAGUGUCCAAAGGCAUCGUGCCCACCGCAUUAUGAAGUAGUGUACGAAAAAGCGAAAAUGUAUAGUAGAAACAAAUGCCCCAAGUACAUGUGCCGACCGUUGACAUCACCGCAGGCAAUUUGCAACAUCACGGAGAGAACAUUCAAUACAUUCGACAACAUAGAAUACAAAUACGAUAUCUGCAAUCACAUUCUAGCCCGGAACAUGUAUAAUAACGAAUGGUACAUCAUACUGGAAAAGCACUGCCACAAGACACACGACCAACGGCAUCAGCAACAACAACAUUGCGUUCGAAACCUGGUGAUAGUAUUGAACAAGCGCGUGGUCGUGCUCUAUCCGAAUUUGCACAUAGACAUAGACGAACACACGUUCUCGGCCACGCAGAUUGCGCGGCUUGGAAGCCGAUUUCCCGAUUUUGAACUUUCGCGUAUGAGUAAUAACAUUAUUUUUAUUUCACAUCACUACGGCUUUUGGGUAAUCUGGGAUUCGAAUAGCAACGUGAAAAUUGGCGUCACGACGAAAUUAAUGGGUCGCGUGGACGGUCUGUGCGGAUACUUUGAUGGUGAUGCUACGAAUGAUCGUCGAACACCCGAUGGAACGCAAGUGAGGAGUACCGUUCAAUUCGGAAAUAGCUGGGCGAUGGAAGAUACACCGGAAUGCGAUCAGCAUGUGUGUCCGCGUGAUAUCCAGCAGCAAGCCUGGACAAUCUGCAACUCUGUGAAGAGUCCGAUGCUGUUGGAUGCGUGCUCCGAGAUUAUUUACAUUGACAGGUUCAUAUCUCGCUGUGUGGAAAGUAUGUGCUCUUGCCUACAUGCUUCCAACACCUCCUACGAGGACUGCCGGUGUCGCCUGUUAACGAGCUUUGUUGGCGAAUGCGAGGCCGCUCGUACCAAUAUCGACCAGCUAUCGAAUUGGAGAACCGUUCACGAUUGUCCUGCGAGCUGUCCUCAACCAUUCGUCCAUCAGGAUUGCUUCCGUAGCAAAUGCGAGAUCACUUGCGACAAUCUGCACGAGGUGGAACCGUGUCCACCGAUGCAGGGCAUGUGCUUCCCCGGCUGCUUCUGCCCGAGUGGCUUAGUUCGUCGAAACAACGAAUGUGUGCCACCCACGCAAUGUCGAAAUUGUAUAUGCGAUGGUCUUGGCAAUGCCAAGUUCAUCAACUUUGGUCGCAGAGACUUCAGGUUCGCCGGCAACUGCACGUACCUGCUAUCGGGGAAUAUCGCAAGGAAUGUGAAGAACAGAGACGAAGCUCGUGCAUAUCAAAUUUUAAUCACCAAUGAAGACUGUGAUAUUGGCACGUGCACGGAAGCCAUCACGCUGCUUUACAAGAAGCAUGUGGUGCAGAUAAGACGUGCAAAACCGUCAAGGGAACUACGAGUAUCGAUCGAUGAUUCCGAGGUGGAGAUAUUCCCGCACAACUACACGUGGAUUGUGCUGGAUCGGACAUCUGCUGGCGAUGUAACUCUGUUGAUACCGUCUAUUCAAUUGGAACUUGUCACCUUCCCACAGAACUUUGCAUUCACCUUAAAACUACCCUCGCACAUCUUCGGCGACACUACUGAAGGUCUAUGCGGCAGCUGUAACGUCGAUGCCGGAGCUGGUUUCGAGAAACGUGACGGAGAUAUCACCGAUGACGCCGAGGAAUUCGGUAGAUCCUGGUUAGUCGAGGAUCUCGCGGUAGAGUUGGGUCUGAAGAAUCAGACGUGCUCAAGUAAUCAUCAACUUCAAUGUACGCCUCCUCCAGCGGACCAAGAUAUCUGCAACAAGCUUUUGGAUUUAGCGACUUUCAGACAGUGUCACAGCAUCGUCGAUCCGAAACCGUAUCUAGAUUGCUGUCACGAUGCAUUGUGCACCGACGAAAACUACUGCGAUAGUUUAGAGAUAUACGCAAGAAAAUGCUCGGAAGCUGGUCUGUGUCUAACUUGGAGAACUGACGAAAUCUGUCCGUACAAAUGUCCUGAAGGUUUAAUACAUUAUCCGUGCCAUUCCAAUUGCAAAGAAACGUGUGACACUUUGAACGAGACAGAGGAUCCAAACUGCGAAUCUAAUCUUGUCGAAGGAUGUUUCUGUCCAGAAGAUUACGUAUUCUACAAUGAUUCUUGCAUACCAAAGAAGAACUGCCUUGUCUGCGACAAGGACGGUCACGUGGAAGGAGAUAUCUGGCAUCCGGAUAAAUGUACCGAAUGUAGCUGCAACGGUGGAAUCGUGAAUUGUCAGAAAACAGAAUGUCCCGUAUUGGACACGAUCUGUGAGGAGAACAUGACACCCGUGCUCAUAAACGGGACCGAGGAAAAAUGUUGCGCCAAAUACUUGUGUGUUCCAAAACCGACAGCGCCCACAAUAUGCGUUGAGCCACAGGAACUGGAAUGCGGCUUCGGCCAAAUGAUGAAGGCGAUCACCGAUGCUGAUGGAUGUCACAAGUUUAUAUGUCAAUGCUUGCCUAUAAGCGAAUGCCCUACUUUCAACGAGCUUACUAACGAAAUUGAGCAAUUGGAACCUGGUUUUGUACAAGUGAUGAAUACAUCUGGCUGUUGCCCGCGACCGACUAAAAUAUGUGAUCCGAAAACUUGUCCUCCUACCCCAGACUGUCCGGAUUACUACAAUGUUACUGCAAAUAUACAUGCAGACGAUUGUUGUCCCACUUACGAAUGUGUGCCUCCAAAGGAUAUCUGCCUUUAUAUAAAUAGUGAAGAUCAAAACAACCAACGUGUAAUGGCAAAACAAAUCGGAGAAGAAUGGAAGGAUGGUAAAUGCAAAACGUGCGUAUGCGAGAAUUCAUAUGAUGGUCCGAAAUUAAACUGUUUAAUCACGGAAUGUCCAAAUAUGUAUGAACAUUCUGAUGUGAACGACUAUGUAUUGGAAGAGAUACUGUUGGAUGAUAAAUGCUGCCCAACCUUUGAACGUACUGCCUGCAAAGAUGGAAACAAAACAUACAAUGUUGGCGAAAUUUGGAAGCCUAACACUGAAGACGCUUGCGUUACAAUGCAGUGCGAUAAACAUUCUGGUGAUGUACAGAAACAAAUUAAAGUACAGGAAUGCAAUACGAUCUGCGAUUAUGGCUACGAGUAUCGAGCGUCAAAUAACGGGAGCGUUAAUUGUUGCGGAACGUGCGUCCAAUUUGCAUGCAUUGUCGAAGGCGUACUUAAGAAUAUAGGAGAGCGAUGGUACUCGGACGAUCAUUGUGUGACGUACUCAUGCGAAUCCGCGAACGGAAGUGUAUAUGUACAAGCGAAUACCGAAACCUGCCCUGAAAUCGAUCGACAAUUGGAAUUGGAGUUUGAAAUUGAAGAACGCAAAAUUCCGGGUAAAUGUUGCCCAGAGUUUGUGAAAACAGCUUGCCGAAGCGAUGAAAAGCUGUACAAGUCUGGAGAGAAGUGGAAAUCUCUCAAGGACAAUUGCAUCACGGAGACAUGUGUGAUCGGUCCGAAUAUAACGAAACACAAAGAAGAAGUUGAAGUGUGUUCAAAGCAGUGUGCUCAAGGUUGGUCAUAUCAAGAACCAAAAGAUGGUACGUGCUGUGGCGAAUGCGAGCAAGAAUUUUGCGUAUUCGAGGAUACUUUGUAUCCACCUGAUACGACAUGGUCGUCCAGUGACAAUUGCACCACUUACACAUGCUUAAGACAGGACAAACAGCUGUCUCUCGCUGUGAGUCCAGUUGCUUGCCCUGACAUAACAGAUUGUCCUGAUGCAUCGAUUUAUUACGAUCAAUGCUGUAACCGAUGUAACCUGACCAGCCUUAACAGGCCAUCUCUAAAAAAAACCGAGUGCAAGAUAAUUGCCGUGAAUGCGAUCACUACAUUGGGUAUGCUAGUUGUGAACCAUCCAUUGCACGGAAGAUGUAAGAAUCUGGACGUUAUCGAAAAUGUUAAGGAAUGCCAAGGAACAUGUGAAUCUUCAACUUUCUUCGAUAAUGGAAGCUGGAAUCAACUCAGUGAUUGCCAAUGUUGCCAAGUAGAGAAGUAUGAUAGUAUUAUUGUCAGCUUAACGUGCGAAGAUGGCAGAAAUUUGAAAAAACUACUGAAAACGCCAAGUUCCUGUUCCUGCCAAAGCUGUGCUUCAUCGGACAAAAAUGAAUAUAAGAAAACGAAGACCAAAAGUUAAUUCAUGAAUGAUGACUCUCGAUGAUUUACGCGAUUUUUAUGUAUCAACGCUAGACUAGAUGAAACGAAUACAAGAUUUAUAAUGAUGUAUCAUAAUCACACGUUUCAAAUAAAAAUUUUUAUUAUA